CAAAAACAUUGAAACUCCUUGGCUGGUGGGAGGGGAUUUUAAUGCGAUCACCUUUUAUAAUGAGCACAAAGGUAAAAGCACUCCGUGCCAUCUUAGUAUGGAUGACUUCAACGAAGCUAUUGACUCUUGCACAAAGGAAGAGGACUCUCAGAUCAUAAAGCUCUCUUGGUGCUUUUCAGAUCAUAAAGCUCUCUUGGUGCUUCUAAAUAACCCUCUAGUGUCCUGCCCUAAGCCUUUCAGGUUCUUGGAUGUUUGGACAUCUCAUCCGGGCUUCAAUAAAGUGAUUUCUGAUAACUGGGAUCCAAUAUAUAGAGGAGGGGGGAUGAAAGAACUAGCUGACAGACUCUUGUCCAUUAAGAAGAUCUUGAAGAAAUGCAAUGUGGAAAUUUUUGGAGACAUCUUUAAGGGAGUUAGAGAUGCAGAAACUAGAGCAAUACUUGCUCAGGAAAAACUGGAGCAAGAAGACAGUGAGGUGGCUCUUUUGGAAGCCAACUUGGCUAAUGCUCUUCUUACUCAAGCUUGUAAAAGAGAAGAGAUUUAUUGGGCACAAAAAGCUAACAUUAAAUGGCUUAAAAAUGGUGAUGCAUCUACCAAAUACUUUCAUUCAGUUGUUAGGGCUAAAAGACACUCCCUUAAAAUUAAUAGUGUCAAGAAUGUGCAAGGUGUUAACCUCACUUCUGAGGUUGACAUCUCCAAUGCUGCUGUGGACUAUUUCACUAGUAUCUUCAAGUAUAUAACAGUUGGACAGUUGGAUCAGGCCCUUGAACACAUCCCUACCACUAUUAAUAUGGAAGAUAACCUAUCUCUGACCAAGAUCCCUAAUGUAGAGGAGAUAAAAUCAUCCAUUUGGAAGCUGUCUGCAUCCAGUGCAGCAGGUCCUGAUGGCUUCAAUGGAACUUUCUUCAGGCAUUGUUGGAGCAUCAUUCAUCUCCAUGUUACCAAAGAUGUCCAAGAAUAUUUCAUUGGAGUCCCCAUCCCACAAGCUUUUGGCAGUACCACCAUCACACUCCUCCCUAAGAAGGACACCUGCAAUAGCUUUGAGCAGGCAGCCUAUCAAACAGGUAAGGGUAUUGAAGAACAUAUUUUGCUUACUAAGGAGAUGGUUCACAUGUUAGCCUCUGGUUAUAGAGGGAGUAAUAUCAUUAUUAAAUUAGAUCUCUGCAAAGCUUUUGAUACCCUCAGCUGGGAGUUUCUGGAAGCCAUUCUCUCUAAGUUUGGUUUCUCCAGGCAUAGUCUUCUUCUGCUUAUGGGUGUUCUCAAAGGCACCUGGUUCUCCAUACUUGUGAAUGGGCUUCCCAGGGGGUUUUUCCCAAUGAAAUCUGGAGUAAAGCAAGGAGAUCCCCUUUCUCCUUUGCUUUUCAUUAUUGCUAUGGAGGGUCUCAACAAGGACAUAAAACAUCAAAUGAAUAUGGGAAUUCUCAAACCCUUCCACACAGGUCUUAUUAGUGCUCCCUCUCAUCUUUUGUAUGCAGAUGACUUGAUUAUUUUUACUAAUGGUGAAAGUAGAAAUCUUUUCAAGGUCCAACAUAUCCUUUCAACCUUCAUGAAAGCCUCUGGUCAGAGUAUUAAUCUCUCCAAAUCCCAGAUCAUUGUUCAUCCAAAGUUGUCUAGAGGCAGAAGAUCCCUCAUUUCCAGUAUUCUAAACAUUAAAACAUCCUCUGGCAGUUUUAAAUACUUGGGAUCCUAUAUUGACAAAGGGAAGCUUAGAAAGAAAGACUGCACUGAUUUGAUGCUACACUUUGAAAGGAAAAUUCUUCCCUGGCACAGCAAAAGACUCAACCAAAUGGGUAGAUAUGUCCUUAUCAAGCAUGUGCUCUCAGCUAUUCCUAUGCAUACACUCCUGGUCCAGGAUCUUCCCAAAUCUGUCAUCACCAGUCUCAACAAAAUCAUGGCAAAUUUCUUAUGGGAAAGUAGGGAGACAAAGAACAAACACCACUGGAAGAAAUGGGCAGACCUUUGUUACUCCCUGGAGGAAGGAGGUCUUGGAUUCAGGAGCAUUGAGGAUCUUCAGGCAACUGCUGCACUUCAAUUGUGGUGGAAAGUACAACAAGGAGGUAUUAUCUGGAGUAACUACAUAAGACAGAAGUAUUUGAGAAAUGGAGAUUUCAGAGCCAAGAUUUAUGACUCUUAUUCAUGGAAAAGAAUCUGCAAAGCUGCCAGCAGGGGUCUCCUUCACACCAACAGCUCAAAUGGUGUAAACACGUGGCUUAGAGGAAGCUUUUCUUUCAAGGAGGCCUAUAGAGCAUGCACUGCAAAGGGUUCCACGCUCAUGUCAUGCUCUUUCAUUUGGAGCAAGUGGCAAAUCAGGAAAAUUCAGUUUUUCACUUGGAGAGCCUUCAAUGGUCUUCUUCCAUUCCAUGAACAAUUGAUGAAAAUGAAUAUCUCUCCCUCCCCUUGCCCUUUUUGCCAAGGAAACAUUGCCACUCUGGAUCAUUGUUUACUCCACUGUCAUAAGCUUCAUGAAAUUUGGCAAGACUAUGCUUUCAUCAACAAUGGACCAGCUAGACGACCACCUCACAACCUCAGACAACACUUGCUUAACUGGUGGAUUAAUUCGAACCAAAGCUGUCUUAAAGGGAAGCUCAGAGUGAUCCUGCAUGGCAUGUUAAUAUGGCAUUUCUGGAAGGCCUAUAACAAGUGCAUUCAUGAUGGAAAAGUGGAAAACCUUUCUAUCAAAGCAGUGUUCGUUGUCAAAUUAACAGGACCUUACAAACCUGGUGUUGGGCAAACAAUGAAGAUACAACUACUCUUUAUUUAAAUCUUGUUACUAGUUUUGGUUUGUAUUGUAUCAACCGGGCUAAAGCUACCUAGAGCUUUCACCCUUGGCUUUUGUAUGUUCCUUUCUUUCGUUUUAUCAAUAAAAGUUUGUUUUUAAU